AUGCCACCGAAGGCAUUGAAAAGGGGAGGCGCCGCUAGAAGAGGCGGGAGGCUUACUAGAUCGGCCCUCAAGGCGCAGAAUCUGCCGACAGAAUCCGCCCAUGAAGAAUCCGUUAAUAUCGGAGACCUAUCUGGCUCCGAUGCUGUGGAAGCGAAGGAGGUAGAGACUCCAUUGAAUUUGACGAAGCCAUCGGAUUCGCUCGAUCAUGCUGAAGCUGCAGCAGAUCCGGAUAACGUCGAAUUGUCCAAAAAGGAGACUGAGGUAAAGGAAUCUGUGGAUGAUUUCGAAAAAGAUGAGAGAUUGGAUUUGGAUGACAAUGAACCAGAGUAUGAGGCUGAAGAGUAUGAUGGGGAGGAGUUUGAAGAGAGAGAAGUGGAAGAGGAGUAUGAGGAGUUGGAACCUGAGGGGGACGACGAAGUGGAGGAGGAGGAGAUGGAAGUCUUGGAGGACGAAGCUGGUGAGUUUGCUGAGGAGCUUGAGAGUGAAGGUGAGGAUGAGCAUGUUGUUGAAGAAGCCAAGCGUGGAGAAACUGUUGAUGUGGAAGAAGAAGAGCAUCAGGAUGUUCUCCAAGAGAGACGUAAGCGUAAGGAGCUUGAGAUUUUCGUUGAAAGCUUGGACAGAGGUGCUACGGAGGAGGACUUGAAGAAAGUUUUUGGCCACGUGGGCGAGGUGACUGAGAUUAGGAUUAUGAAGAAUCCGCAAACAAAGAAGAGCAAAGGGUAUGCUUUCCUGCGUUUUGCAACUGUGGAACAGGCAAAACGAGCUGUUAAAGAGCUUAAAAACCCAAUGAUCAACGGUAAAAAGUGUGGUGUAACUGCAAGCCAAGAUAAUGAUACCCUCUACAUUAGUAACAUAUCCAAGACCUGGACACUAGAAGCUCUGAGGGAGAAGCUGAAACAAUACGGCGUUGAGAAUAUGGAUGCUAUAGCUUUGGUAGAGGACAGCAACAAUGUCAGCAUGAAUCGUGGGUGUGCGUUUUUGGAAUUCUCAUCUCGCUCAGAGGCCAUGGAUGCUCACAAACGCCUCCUCAAGAAAGAUGUGAUGUUUGGAGUUGAGAAGCCUGCAAAGGUUUCUUUUGCAGAUUCCUUCUUAGAUCCGGAAGAUGAGAUAAUGGCGCAGGUUAAGACUAUCUUCAUUGAUGGUAUGUUACCGUCAUGGAAUGAAGAGCGUGUUAGAGACCUUUUGAAAAGAUAUGGUAAAAUUGAAAAAAUUGAGCUUGCGCGUACUAUGCCAUCAGCCAGGAGGAAAGAUUUUGGCUUUGUAACUUUUGAUACUCAUGACGCUGCUGUGAGUUGUACCAAAUUCAUCAACAACACAGAGCUAGGCGAAGGCGAGGACAAGUCAAAAGUGAGAGCACGCUUAUCUAGGCCACUUCAGAGAACCGGUAGAGCGAGACAGUCCAGUCGCCCAGACCGCCGGUCUAGGCAUGGGAGUGGACGGUCUGGAAGGAGUUCAUUGGCUCGUCUACCACCUCGUAGCCUUGCUUCCUCUAGGAGUGCUAGAGGCGUUGGAUCUCGGGCCCCACCUCCUAGUUCAAAGAGAGCCGCUGGAUCAAGAGGAAGACGUCCACGCCCACCUCUACCUCCUCCUGCAAGAUCCAGGCCAUUGCCACCGCCUGCAAGAUCCAGGCCCUUACCACCACCUGCAAGAGCCAGGCCCUUGUCACCACCUGCUAGGUCAUAUGACAGAAGACCUCCAGCUCCUCCGUAUCCAAAGGCUAGCUUGAAGAGGGACUAUGGUCGACGUGAUGAUCUUCCUCCUCCAAGAAGUAGACCAGCUGUGAGCUAUAGCUCUAGGCUUUCUCCUGAGAGGCAUAGCUCUAGGCUUUCUCCGGAGAGGCAUUUGUCGUACAGAGAUGAUUAUGCACCUCGUAGUUCUGGUUAUUCAGAUCUUCCUAGAAGCUCUUCUCGCACAGAAAUGAGGAGGCCGUACGUGGAUGACCUUUACAGUCCGAGAUUUGAAAGGCCUCCUCCAACUUACAGUGAAGGAAGAUCUCGUGCUUAUGAACCUCUUCCUGGAUCAAAACGGCCAUACUCUGCAUUGGAUGACAUUCCUCCCCGUUAUGCUGAAGUCGAUAUUCGUCAUUCAAGACCCCGCCUGGACUAUGAUAUUGGCCCAUCUCAAUAUGCUGAAUCGUAUGGGGACCGGAUUCCUCCUAGAUCUAGUCUAGGAUAUGGAAGCAGCCGAAAUCCUCCUAUGCCAAGUCAUGACUCACGUGGCCCAUACAGCAGUCGUCAGGGAAUGGACUAUGGAGGAGGUUCUUAUAGUGGCAGCGAUGUAGGAGGAAUGUACUCAUCAAGCUAUGGUGGCGACAUACCCAGAAGAGAUGGAGGAGGAGGUAGCUCGUAUUCUUCAAUUUACUCAAGCCGUGGCUUGGGUGGUAGUAGUUACCCAGAUUUGGCAGCUGCUAAAUUAGGAAGGAAGGAACUUUGGCAAUGCAAAGUUUGUGCAGUAACGAAGCAAUUGGCUGCAAAAGGAUUAAGCUAUAGCCUCGGUGAAGACUGUUGGAAGCUUCUGGUUUGCUUGCAUCUUCAACUGCAACUGUAUUUGACUCUUUUUCAGUGGGAUGAUGAUAAGCUUCACUUCCACUUCCUAUAG